GCGGUGCUAAUUUCGGAAGAAAUAUACCUUUCCAGCUUGGGAAUCUUUCCAACUUGCAGUACCUUGAUCUUAGCUGGAAUCAUUUUUAUAAACCUGAAAACAUAGAGUGGCUCCCUCAACUUUCUUCUUCUUUAAAAUACCUUGACAUGGGUACCGUUAACCUGAGCAAAGUCAAUAAUUGGCUCCAUGUUGUGAAUAAACUUCCGUACUUGACAUCCUUGCUCUUGUACCGUUGUAAUCUUCCAAAUAUUUCCUCUGUCCCCCUUGUCAAUUCUUCUACUUCUCUUGAUGUCCUCUAUCUCUCUUAUAAUAGUCUCACUUCUUCUUCUUCAGUACUAGAGUGGUUGUUCAACUCAAACACUAGUGUUGUAAAACUUCAUCUCAAUAAUAACCAUUUUCAAGGUUUAAUUCUAGAUGCUUUUAGCAGAAUAAACUCUCUUGCACUUCUCUAUCUCGAUGACAAUGAGUUUGAAGGUGAGAUACCAAAAGCCUUCGGUGGUAUGUGUAAUUUGAAAACAUUGUCUCUACCAAGGAACCAUCUUAGCGGACAACUUCUUGAUUUUAUUCAUAACUUGACCGGGUGUGCAAACCACUCAAUAGAGGUUUUGAAUUUUGCUCAAAAUCAAAUCAUGGGGUUGUUACCUGAUCUCACAACAUUUCCAUCAUUAAGAGAAUUAGACCUUAGUGAAAAUCGUUUGAAUGGGACAAUACCUGAAAGUUUGGGAAAACAAUCCAACCUAGAUUUUCUGAAUCUUGGAUAUAAUUCAUUGGAAGGUGUUAUUUCUGAUGUCCAAUUCUCAAAUCUCACAAAAUUGAAGCUUUUGUACUUGUCUAAUAACUUAUUGAUUUUCAACUUCAACUCUGAUUGGGUUCCACCUUUCCAAUUAAAAUCGAUAAGGUUGGGCUCCUGCCAACUAGGUCAUGGAUUUCCAAAAUGGCUUCAAACUUUGAAAAAUUUCUCUAAUCUCGAUAUUUCUAAUUCUAAAAUUUCGGAUACUCUUUCCAAUUCAAAUUGGACCUUCUCCAGUCAAUUCUGGUUUAUGAAUCUAUCUCACAACGAACUCAGUGGUCAUGUUACAAAUUUGUCAUGGAAGUUCUCCACUCUUCCCAUGAUAGACUUGAGUUCAAAUAAAUUGGAAGGCAAAAUACCAAGAUUUUUACUUAAAGCAUCACAUUUGGAUCUUUCGAAGAAUAUGUUUUCAAAGCUACCUGUACAGUCAUUAUGUACAGUCACUAAUGGAAACUUUAACUUUCUAGAUCUUUCCAAUAACCAAUUAUCAGGAGAGCUCCCUAACUGUUGGAUGCAUUUUGAAGGAUUGAAAAUUCUUAAUUUGGCAAACAAUCAUUUUCAUGGGAAAAUUCCAAGCUCAGUUGGCUCUUUACUUGGGAUUGAAUCAUUGGAUUUAAGCAACAAUAGUUUCAACGGGGAACUUCCUCCAUCAUUGAGGAAUUGCACAAAGUUGAGGUUUAUUAAUCUUCAAUAUAAUAACUUGUCAGGAGAGAUACCAAAGUGGUUGGGGAGCAAUCAUCCAAAUUUAAUUGUCCUUUUACUUCGAUCUAAUCGCUUCUUUGGAAGUAUUCCUUCACAUCUAUGCCAUUUAACACAUCUUCAAGUUUUAGACCUUGCCUUUAACCAAAUUUCGGGAAGUAUACCAAUCUGCGUCAAAAAUAUUAUUGCUUUGACUCAUAAAUGGAAUCCAAAUUCAACCAUCACCCACUCAUAUUAUAAUUUCGUCUCCCUAAAUGGUUUUAGUUCUAGUAGCUAUGAUGAUCAUGCAAUUUGCAUGUGGAAAGGAAAAGAGCAUGAGUACAAAAGUAUUCUUGGAUUAUUAAAAAGCAUUGAUCUUUCGAGCAAUAAAUUGACUGGGGAAAUUCCUAGAGAAAUCAUGGAACUUAAUGGAUUGAUUUCUUUGAAUCUCUCAAGAAAUCUUAUAACUGGAAGAAUCCCCUCAGAGAUUGGUUUGUUACAGUCAUUAGAAGCCCUAGAUCUAUCUAAGAAUCAGCUGUGUGGUGGAAUUCCUUCAAGCAUUUCUCGAAUUAAUUCUCUAAGUUUCUUGAACUUGUCAAACAAUAACCUGUCAGGUGAAAUUCCAACAGGUCCUCAGCUCAGUACCUUCAAUGCCACUACAUAUGAAGUGAACCCAGAUCUUUGUGGAUUUCCACUUCCAAACAAAUGUUUAGGAGAAGAAAUGACUCAAAACUCAAUUGAGAAUAGAGGUAGUGAACAUGCUAGCAUACAAGAGGAGGAAGAUGGGUUUAUAACAAUGGGGUUUUAUGUUAGUAUGGCCCUUGGAGUUGUUGUUGGUUUUUGGGGAGUUUUUGGCACAAUACUACUAAACAGGUCAUGGCGAUUCUCCUAUUUCAAGUUCUUAAACAUUGUCAAAGAUAAGAUGUAUGUGACAGGAGCUGUGAAUAUGGUUAAAUUACAGAGGCGGCUUCAAAAAUAAUUGGUCCGAAAUUCAGACAUCACAACUGCUGAGCCACAAGGAAGGAAAUAGGGAUGGCAUACACAGGAACGGAUUGGAUCAGUUUGAAUUUAAAUGCAGCAGCAGAUGAGGAUAAAUAAAAGAUCAGAUUGUAUUGUCUUUCAAUUUGAAUUUAAAUGCAACUGAUGGGAGUUGGUUCCUAUCUUUUAGGAUAGAUUAUUUCAGUCUUAUUUAUGUACGCCAUAUUAAAAACAAAAAAACUCUCUCUCUCUCUCAUGUUCAGGAGGUUGUAGUCACCUUGAAUCUAUUCAGUUUCUCAA